GAGCGGGAGGCCCCGUGCCGCCGCCCGCCUAAGCCGGCUUUUCGGCGGGAGCCUCUACUCCAGAGUGCGCGGUAGCGUGGGCCGGCCGCGGGCCCCAUGUGGUGCCGACAUCACUGACAUGGCGGAAUCCCCACCAAGCCCUCCUGGCACCCGCUCCAGCUAGCUGGGACUCUCCGCCGGCCGCCGCGCCCGGCCCGGCUCGCACAGCCCUCCGCAGGAAGCCCGUUGAGGAAAAUUCUCCAUGAAUGUACGUCACAAUGAUGAUGACCGACCAAAUCCCGCUGGAGCUGCCGCCGUUGCUGAACGGGGAGGUAGCCAUGAUGCCUCACAUUGUGAAUGGCGACGGAUCACAGCAGGUCUUUUUGGUUCAAGUGAAUCCAGGUGAAACCUUUACAAUAAGGGCUGAGGAUGGAACCCUGCAGUGCAUCCAAGGACCAGCAGAGGUUCCCAUGAUGUCACCCAAUGGAUCCAUUCCCCCUAUUCAUGUGCCUCCUGGUUAUAUCUCACAGGUGAUAGAAGACAACACCGGUGUCCGGAGGGUGGUGGUCACCCCGCAGUCUCCAGAGUGUUACCCUCCCAGCUACCCUUCGGCCAUCUCUCCGACCCAUCACUUACCUCCGUACCUGACACACCAUCCUCAUUUCAUUCACAACUCUCAUACGGCUUUUUAUCCUCCUGUCACUGGGCCUGGGGAUAUGCCACCACAGUUUUUCCCACAGCAUCAUCUUCCACCUACACUAUAUGGAGAACAAGAAAUCAUACCACUAUAUGGGAUGUCCAGCUAUAUUACCAGGGAGGAUCAGUACAGCAAACCGCAGCACAAAAAACUCAAAGACAGGCAGAUUGAUCGCCAAAACCGUCUCAACAGUCCUCCUUCAUCCAUCUACAAAAGCCAUAUAGGCAACUGCACAACUGUAUAUAAUGGUUAUGCAAAGAGCCACAAUGGAGCAAGCAGUGGAAGUGGUGGGGGGGCACCAGGAGUGAAGAAGCCAGAGCGCAGAGCAAGAAGCAGCCCAAAGUCUAACGAACAAGAGCCACAUGAAUAUGAUUCAGAAACAAAAAGGGUUCAAGACAUUCUUUCUGGAAUGGAGAAGCCACAGGUAACGAACAUUCAAGAAAGAACGGUUUCACUGUCGUGGUCACCUCCAGCCGGCCUUUUAAAUGCAGAUAGACACAACAAUGGUUUGCCUUACACCUGUACUUACGAGGUUGCCUUAUCGGAUAAAGGGAGGGAUGGAAAAUACAAGAUUAUUUACAGUGGAGAAGAAUUAGAAUACAACCUGAAAGACCUUAGGCCAGCAACAGAUUAUCAUGUCAGGGUAUGUGCAAUGUACAAUUCAGUAAGGGGAUCCUGCUCAGAGCCGGUAAGCUUCACCACUCACAGCUCAGCACCGGAGUGUCCCUUCCCACCCAAGCCCUCACACAGGACCAAAAGCUCCUUAACCUUACAAUGGAAGGCACCCAUUGAUAAUGGCUCAAAAAUCACCAGCUACCUUCUAGAGUGGGAUGAGGGAAAAAGGAACAGUGGUUUCAGAGAAUGCUACUUUGGAAGCCAGAAGCAUUGCAAGCUGACUAAGCUCUGUCCGGCUUUGGGUUACACCUUCCGACUAGCAGCUCAGAAUGACAUCGGUACUAGUGGGUACAGCCAGGAGGUGGUAUGCUACACUACAGGUAAUAUUCCUCAGACUCCCUCUGCACCAAGGCUUGUUCGAGCUGGUGUUACGUGGGUUGCAUUGCAGUGGAACAAAGUAGAAGGGUGCACGCCAGAAGAAGUGAUUUCCUACACCUUGGAAAUUCAGGAAGAAGACAAUGAUAGCGUGUUUCACCCAAAGUACACUGGAGAGGAGCAAGCCUGUACUGUGAAGAACCUCAGAAGAAGCACACAGUAUAAAUUCAGGCUGUUUGCUUCUAAUGUGGAAGGAAAAAGUUCUCCAAGUGAAGUUUUGGUCUGCACAACAAGCCCCGACAGGCCGGGACCUCCGACCAGACCCAUCAUUAAAGGGCCAAUAACAUCUCAUGGCUUUAGUGUGAAGUGGGAUCCUCCGCAAGAUAAUGGUGGUUCAGAAAUCCUGAAGUAUCUCUUAGAGAUUUCUCAAGGAAGUCCGGAAGCAAAUCAGUGGGAAGUGGCAUAUAGUGGAUCGGCUACAGAAUAUACCUGUACUCACUUGAAACCAGGCACUUUGUACAAACUCCGGGCGUGCUGUAUCAGCACUGGCGGACACAGUCAGUGUUCUGAAAGUUUACCUGUCCGUACGCUAAGUGUUGCACCAGGUCACUGCCGGCCGCCAAGAGUUCUAGGGAAGCCGAAGCACAAAGAAGUUCAGCUACAGUGGGAUAUCCCUGCGUCAGAAAGCGGCUGUCCCAUCUCAGAGUACAGCGUAGAAAUGACGGAACCAGAAGAAGUUGUUUCUGAAGUGUACCAUGGUCCUGACCUGGAGUGCACAGUCAGCAACCUCCUCCCCGGAGCAACGUAUCGGUUCAGAGUGAGAGCUCUGAACGAUGGCGGGUACGGGCCGUAUUCAGAAGCUACAGAAAUCACCACGGCAGCAGGACCACCCGGCCAGUGCAGAGCACCUUCCCUGUCCUUCCUUUCUGACACACGUGUACUUGUAAGCUGGGAGAGUCCUGAAUGUUCUGGUGCUGACAUCUCUGAAUACAGAUUAGAGUGGGGAGAAGAUGAGGAAUCUCUACAACUUGCAUAUAAUGGCACAGAUACCUGUUUUGAAAUAAGUGAGCUGUCGGCGGCAGCACAGUACUGCUGUAGGCUACAGGCUGUUAACCAGGCAGGAGCUGGACCCUACAGUGAACUGGUAACCUGCAGGAUCCCUGCGUCUGUGCCCGAUGCUGUCUCUACCCUCUUUGUGCUGGAGGAUGAGCACGUGGAUGCCUGUCAGCUCUCACCCUCUGUGUGCCUUGCAUUGAACUGGGAAGAGCCAUGCAAUAAUGGAGCUGAGAUUACUUCAUACAACAUUGACCUUGGUGACAUCAGCAUUCCCGUAGGAAAUGUUACGAGUUACGUUAUCCGUGAUUUGCUUCCAGAAACCUCAUACCGGAUCAGGAUCCAGGCUGUCAAUGAAAUUGGAGCUGGACCGUUUAGCCACUUUAUUAAAGCAAAAACCAGGCCGUUACCACCCUUACCUCCUCGGCUGGAGUGUGCUGCAGCGGGUCCUCAGAGCCUGAAGCUGAAAUGGGGGGACAGCAGUUCCAAGCUUCACGCUACCGAUGACAUGGUCUACAUCUUACAGAUUGAAGACAGAAAUAAAAGGUUUAUUCCAAUUUACAGGGGACCAAGUCAUACAUACAAGAUACAAAGGCUGACAGAGUCCACCUGUUACUCAUUUAGAAUACAGGCUGUCAAUGAUGCUGGGGAGGGACCUUUCUCAGAAAUAUGUACCUUCUGCACAACGAAGUCAGUCCCACCUGCAAUCAAAGCUCCUCGGGUAAUGCAGUUGGAAGGAAAUGCCUGUGAAAUUACCUGGGAAACGGUCCCACCCAUGAAGGGAGAUCCUGUUGGUUACGUUCUGCAAGUACUGGUUGGAAGAGAAUCUGAAUAUAAGCAGGUGUACAAGGGAGAUGAGACCACAUUCCAAAUCUCAGGCCUUCAAGUCAACACGGACUAUCGGUUUCGGGUCUGUGUGUGCCGCCGGUGCUCAGAUACCUCACAGGAACUUAGUGGACCUUUCAGCCCAUCCGUUGCCUUUAUGCUUCAGCGAAAUGAGAUCAUGCUCGCGGGAGAAAUGGGGAGCAUAGGUGAUCCGAAGAUAAAGAGCAUGAUUGCUACUGACGAACAGUUUGCAGCCCUCAUUGUACUUGGCUUUGCAAGUUUGUCAAUUAUAUUCGCCUGUAUAUUACAAUACUUCUUUAUGAAGUAGAGAAUUCAAUGGAAGUUUGAGAUACAAAUUUAACUAAUGCUACGCAUUAUAAUCCACACAUUUAUUCAGAUAUUCCUUUUUGAAAUCCUUUUGUUCUACCAUACAUUUUAUAUACUUCUCUUGUUUUUACAGUUCUAGCUUGAAGAAAGAUAAAUCAGUGUUUUGAUGCACCUUUUUGAAAUUCAAAACUAGGAAGUGGUCAAACUGGAGAAACAAGCAAACCAGAUACUAAAAGCAAGAUUGUUCCCUUCACGGUUUCAAAACUGUCACCAAUUUGCCUUGUCAUCAUGGUUUGGUUUGUUGUUUUGUUUGUUUUUUUUCACUGAAGUUCUUACACGGUCUCUUAUUGUAUCUUAUUAUUUAGGAAAUUUUAAUCAAGUCACUUUUUUGUUUCUUCUUUUUCUCCUAAACAUUAGUCACAAGUGUGUAUAGCAGUAAGAUUAGAGUACAGCGUUAGUCAACAGUACCAGGUUUCCAUUGAACAGUAUUAGCAAUGUUACCUAUGAAUUAUUCACUCCGUUUGCCCCAUAUUUUUUCAAGAUAAAAAGUAAAUUGUUAUCUUAACUGUUUAGCGCAUUUAAAUUGGAACAAUAUCCUGCAGUCUAAAAGACCUGUUAUUUUUACAGUUACAACACUAUAAACUGCCUGUAUAAGAAAUCAAGUAACCAAACUGCAUAUAAAUUAUGAAGCAUUAUAGAUUCUUUUUUUACCAUUUUGAUUUCUUGCAGUAAUUUUAAGUAAGAGGGCAUUGUGCAAUAGUUAGCUAUUCCCAUGUUCAGCUAUUUAAAAGCUGCUUUAACUUGUCUGUUUGUCACUGUAUGUAACUAUUCCUAAUCUAAUAGUAGAUAUUAUUCUAUUACGUUCAGUCUGAUUUAUAUUAGAGCUGGUGACAGCUUACUGUCUCUACUGAAUUAGGUGAGAUUUACACUAAAUGUAAGCAGAUUUCAUUGUCAGUUGAUCUUUUUGUUUUUGGAGGGGUAUCGAUUUUAUAGAACUUUCUUGGAGGUAUCUAAAACGGGAUCUGUUUAUUUUAAUCCCUGUAGUGGGUGCCUACGUUGUUCUUAACACAGGGCUAAUGGAAAUACUUGGUACAUUGCAAAACUGGGACCGGAGUCCUACACAGGUAUAGUCCUUGCUCGUAGAGCAGUGUUCCCCCUCCUCCUGCCUGCCUCUUCCCUGGCACACAUCUUAAUCCAUCAAGAUAGAUUUUUAACUCUUGAGUCAUUGGAUUAUUUAUAUUAAGUCAACAUUGUGCGAGUACCUCAGGGACAUAAGUGAGCUGGAGGUGCAAAUAGAUUCCAAAAGGGUGCAGCAGACACAGUGUAUUUCCCCGCCUAUUGGUUUUGUAUAUUUUUGCUACUUGGUUUUGCUUUUGUCCUAGCUAUUUUGUGCUCUGUCUCCAUUGUCUAGGAUUCAGAUUCCUGUACUAGCAUCAUAUUCCCUUAACCAAAGUAAUGGGGAAAAAACAACAUUAUUUUUGUUUUAGGUUUAUUUAUACUAUAUACUGCAUACAGUACUUUAAAUACCAAUUACAGUGCAAUCUUUUAUUUAUUGUAAAAAUAAAAAUAAAAAAUAAAAGUGUACUUAUGUACUAAUUCCCCUCCCCGCUCCCCUGUAGCAUGGUAUAUUUUUGUCUGUUUUAUACUGUUGUUCUUUAGGUCAACUUUUUACCUGGCAGCAUUCCUAGUAUUAUUAAUCUUCUUACAUUUUCUUGCAUUUUUGAAGAUGGGAGCAUCUAGUACAUUAAAUGCCAAAAAAAAAAAACCAUUAUCAGUGAUUCAAACGUUUACAUGUAUCCAAAAACAUAAUCAUCUCUGGAAAGAAAGUGCUAAGAUCAAUGAAUUAUUCUGUGUGCCUCUCUAGAUGUAGCAAAUACUAGAAAUGUUCUGUAUUUUGUUAUUGACUAUAAUUAGUUUAAUUUAGCCUUGCAAACUAAUGGCGUUGAGCUAAAUAUAUAUAUAUAUUUUUUUGAUUUUUGCCAAAGUCAUGGCUUGUCAAAUUUAUUUACAUCUUAUUUAAAUUUAUUUGUGAUACGAAACUUUGUGACCUUGCAUCUGUUUUUUUUGUGAGCAAAGCAUAUAGAGCUGUUUUGAGUGGAGGGGGAAAGAGUGUAUUUUUUAAAACAACGAGAAGACCGCUAGUUUGGAAACCUGGACAUUUGAAUGGACUCAUUUUUAUAUUUGGAGCAUUAUUUCAGCAGCGUUGCUAUGAAAUCCAAACCUGCCGCCUUUUUAAAAAACAGGAAAACUGCUUAAAUAUAUCUUAAAAAAAAAAAUACGUUAUAGCAUUUGAUCAAUUUUGAAAGUCUGAAAUAUAAAGAUAGUAAAAGCAGUGAGCAGAAGUGUAGAGAAAAGCAAUCCGUGAGACUUCAGGUGUUUCUGACUUGGUCCCUUGCAGUCAUACUCAUGCCAGCACCCAGCCGGGCCCUGGGCUCCAGGUGUUCUCCAGGAGUAGGACAGCCCCUAAUUAGGUGGAUUAUUUUAGCUUGUAUCUUCUACCAUAGUGAUCUGACUGGGAUUCAUAACAAAAAGAAAAGAUAAAAAGAAAAGCAUUAUGGAUCAUAAACCUUUUCUCUUUUGGUUUCCAUCACUGCAGUUUGCUGAUGCCUUGGCUUCCCUGUGCGGCUUUCUGCCGUUCUGAGCCAGUAGCAUCAGGCUCCGAGAGAUCUCUGCUCUCAAAGAAAGAACAGACAAAAAAGGUAGAAUGAAACACUAAAUAUUUACAGCCCUUAAGGAUGGAGAGGGACGUUUUUAUAUUGUUCUGCCUUUUUCCUUAUGAACUUGAAAUGUUUUCUAACCCUGUUUGUUGGCUACGGUAGUUCAGUAUUCAGCGUCACGAUUGAGAAGUGCCCUAACUGAAUGUGUAUGAACCUUAUCCUUGCACAGUUCUUUAAAUUGAAAAAAAAUAAAAAUAAAAAGUUUUUACCUCACUAUGGGAACAUACAUUCCAAGCUUUUUGACUUUAAAAAAAAAUAAAUAAUCAUAAGUUUUCUUGUAUUGUAAAUUUUAGACUAUUUCAUAUGCAUUGUAUUAAAACUGCCAUAUCAAUUUUAAUGUAUAGAUUUUGCAAAUACUACACUAUGUAUGUAAGACUUAACUGUAUCUGUAGUGUAUAUGUAAUAUAUUUAUGCCCAAUAAAUGUUUUAAUUCUUUCUGAUAUUA